CUCUGCUGUGCCUGUCUCUGUAGUCAGCCCAUGAGCAGCUGCUGCGUGGAAGCCAGGCAGACCCGUUCUGCAAGUGUGUGCCUUCCUGUCAGCUGUGUGCUGGACAUCCCUGGGGACACAGCCGAGGAGACCUAGAGAAGCAAAGAACCGAAGCUGGGCGGGACUGGAGUAGAAAAAUCAGUGAGGAGGAACUUAGUCAUGAAAAUUACACCCGUACCAAGGUAAUCAUCAGUGUUACUGGGAGUGGCCUCACUAACAGGGAACGGGCAGCAGGAGAGCUUCAGGAAAAGACAACCGCAGGGCAAGGGAAGUGGUGUCACCCAGGAAGUGGGGGUUGGAGACCUGCUUGCUUGUAACUGAACAUGGCAGGGGAUGUGAAGAGAUUCUCACGGAUGCUGCUGGAGUGCAAUAGCAAUGACAAGCUAUGUGUUGUGCGUGAGUAUCAAACGGAAGUGAUCGUUGUCCCAGCUCUCCUGGUGGGACUUUUUGUCAUUGUGCUCACUGUGAUCCUUUGGCUCCACUGCCGUGGCCUGCGAGCCAAGCAGAAGCAAUCAGCACCAGAUGGAAGCCAAGUGAUGAAGAACACUCAGCAGGAAUCCUGCUCAACAGAGAGCCGCUGCAUCCAGCUGCGUGAGAGGUCUGUGGAGAGCCUGCUAAAUUCUGAAUCCUUGACUCUGAAAGAAUUGGAGAUACCACGAGAGAAACUCUUACCAGACACCUUGGAGCUGAUAAAACUUGGUGCCUAUGGCAGCAUCUACAGAGCACAGCUGGAAACUGGGUGCUCUGGGAAGACUAAGACUGUGGUAUUGAAAGCCUUGCAAGACCCGGCUAGUCCCCAGAAAAUAAAGGAUUUCUUGGGAAGGAUUAAAUUCCAUCAAAAACUUGGCCAUCAUGAGAACAUGGUUAAAUUGGUUGGAUGUUGUGUAGACCAGCUCCCACUUUAUAUGAUCAUGGAAGAUAUGUCUCUUGGUGACCUGCUGACAUUUCUGUGGACAUGUCGGAAGGAUGUAAUGGCAAUGGAUAGUGUCCCCUAUGACCUCACUGAGAGGCAGGUCUAUGAGGUUGGACAGCAGGUUGCAGCAGCUCUGGCUUAUCUCGAAGAAAAGAACUUGUUCCAUGGUGACAUUGCUGCCAGGAAUGUCCUCCUUCAUCACAACUUCACAGCUAAGCUCUGUGGUUUGGGCCUGGCCUACGAAGCUCACACACAUGGUGCCAGCUCAGUCAUGUGGAAAGUGCCCGUCAAGUGGCAGGCACCAGAGAGGCUCCUGAGCAAACCCCCUACCAUCAAGGCAGACAUAUGGUCUUUUGGAAUUCUACUGUAUGAAAUGAUUACAUUAGGUGCUCCACCAUAUCCUGAGGUGCCACCUUCUGACAUCUUAUCAUACCUGCAGAAACAGAACAUUAUGAAGCAGCCCUCAAGCUGCCAGCAAGCCAUGUACUGCAUAAUGAAGUCCUGCUGGCAAUGGAGUGCAGCUCACCGGCCUUCUCCAGCACACCUCUUGUGCUCCCUGAAAACAGCCAUGAAAAACAGCAAUGGGCACACAGUGCUGCAAGUGCCCGAGCCAGUGGUGCCUGAACUCUAUGCUGGUGUUGCUGGUGUUGAUGUGCACAGCCUGGUGAGGGAAUACACCAUCCUCUGAAGAGUCCUUUCAAAUUUUGGUAAAGGAGAAAGAAAUCUCAGAGUUUUCCCUUUCUAAAUGUUUUGCAAGCUUGGAAUGAGGUGUGUAUGUUGGAAGGGAUCCCUUUGUUCUUCAAACAUCUAUAAAAUCUCUCUUCCAUGCCAGACAGAGAAACUGUUACCAUUAUUGUUAAAUCAACCUGUUGGUAUCAUUCUGCCAGUGGCCAUUUGGGAGUAAAAUGUGUUUAGGAAGCUGUAGAAAAUGCAAUGAGAAACUUGAUUUAAAGGAGUGUUAGGUUUGUGUGGCAAGGUUUUGGUGAUGGGGUGGACUGCGGAGGUGACUUCUCUGAGAAGUUGCCAAAAGCUUCCCCCAGCUCCAUGAGGGAGCUGCUGCUGGUCAAGGCUGGGCCCUUCAGCCACACUGGUAGCACCUCUGUGACAGCAUAUUUAAGAAGGUGUAAAAGAUACUGCACAACAGCAGGUGAAAAAGAGGAGUGUGAAUGUGAGAGGAACAGCUCUGCAGACACCCAGGCAGGGCAGAAGGAGGGGCAGGAGCUGCUCCAGACCCCAGAGCUGGGAUGCCCCUGUAGCUCCUGGAGGGCAUGGGGGUGCAGAGAUGCACCUGCAGCCCCUGGAGGAGCCCAGACCAGAGCAGGGGGAUGUCUGAAGGAAGCUGUGACUCCAAGGGAAGCCUGUGCUGGAGCAGGUUCCUGGCAGAAUCUGUGGGAAGAGGAGCCCUCAUUGGAGAUGGACUGUGCCUCAUGGAAAGGGACUCAUGCUGGAGCACUUAAUGAAGAACAAGCCUUGGGAAGAACUCAUGGUGGAGAAAUUCCUGAAGGACCUAGUCUCCUUUGGAGGGACCCCACACUAGAGCAGUGUGAGGAGUCUUCCCCCUGAGGAGCAAGGAGGAGCAGAGGCGAUGUGAGAUGAACUGACCACAACCCCCCUUCUUCCUGCUGGAAAAGAGGUAGAGAAAUUAGGAGUGAAGCUGAGCCUGGGAAGAAGGGAGGGGUGGAGGAAGGUGGUUUUAUUUCUCAUUAUACUUCCUAAUUUUAUUAGCAAUAAACUAAUUUUUCCCAAGUUGAGCCUGUUUUGCCCAUAACAGUAACUGGUGAAUGAUCUCUCGCUGUCCUUAUCUUGACCUGGGGGCCUUUUGUUAUAUUUUCUCUCCCUUGUCCAGUUAAGAAGAGAAAAUUGCAGAGUGGUUGGAUGGGCACCUCCCAUUCAGCCAGAGUCAACCCACUAUGAGGCUUCUGGAAAUUUUCCCCCAUCUUUUCUGUCCCAGGAAAAUGCAUCAGUUGGGUAUUUGAAAGGGAUAUCCUGGGGAACAUGCUGGGUAUUCAAUAAAUGUCCAGGAUUUCUCCAGUGCUUUAUAUUCUAGUUUCCCAUGGGAGCAUGGGCACUGUAUUCAAACACACAGACCCACAAACAAACAAUCCCCACGCCUCCUUGACCAACAACAACAAAACUAAGCAAAACCCUUCAUGUCUGUGGAUGCAGAAGCUCUUAUACAAAUGUCAUAUAUCUUAAUGGAGAGUGUGCUUUCUGUGCAGGUCAGGUGAGUACUCCAAAGCUUAUCUGAAAUUAUUUGAUCAUUGAUUUUAAUGGACAUGCAGACUUUGUAAAAAAUUAGAGGCACUGGAAAUUGUUGCUUUUAUUUAAAAAGAAGCAGAAUCUCUCUGUGAAGCAAAUUUUCUCACUUCUGUUCAUGGUUUCUAAAGUUGACAGUAUCUUGGGUUUUUUUUUCCUCUUAUUAUUUUGGCACUUUGAGCAUUAAAGGAAUUGCACAUUAAAGAAAUAAUUUUACCA